AGCUGAACGGAAGCAGUGCAGUGACACCUGUGUGCUUCUGAAGCCUGCUUCAGUUCAGUCAGAAGGACAUGAAAGUCCAACUGUGGACUUUGUGCAGGAAGAUGGAAGUGUUGGUGGUGGUCGUGAUCCUCAUCCUCGUUUCCCAGCAUGCAUUGGCUGUAGUGGUGCAGGCGUAUAAGGGGAUGGAGUCGGUCCUGCUGCCCUGCCAGUAUUCUGGCGGGUUACUGGAGCAUCCUUCAGUGGUUUGGAGACGCUCUGAUCUCAACCCAACAGUCAUCCACCUGCUUAAAUACGAAAGUGACGAUCUGAAAGAGGAAAACCGUUACAGUGAGCGCACGUCAAUGAAGACCAACGCCCUGGAAUCUGGAGACUUCAGCCUCACUCUGAAGAAACCACAACUGUCUGACAGCAGCAACUACACCUGCAGCCUCCAAUGGGAAACCGAGUGGAAGGAGACUGAAGAAUGGACAGUGACACAAGUACAGCUGCAGGUCAAAGAUGACGAGGAGGAGGUGGAGGUCCAGCAGGGGGCGGAGUCUAUCCAGCUGCCUUGUAAAGCCUCAGCCGAUCUGCCUGAAGACACCACAGUGGAGUGGACUCACUUUGAUCCACAACUGAUGGUGGUCCAUGUGUCCCGGAAUAAAGCUGAUGAUCUUCAAACACAGGACAGGUUUUACCGUGGCUGCACAGAGAUGAAUAAAGACAUGAGUCUGACUCUGAAAUACCCCAGACAAACAGACGGAGGUGUGUAUAUGUGCACCGUCUACAGGGAAGGAGACGUCCUGAGGUCUAAAGUCCUGCUCCAGGUGGUCCCAGGUGGUCUUCCAACCUGGGCCACAGCUCUCCUGGUUGCCUUUGCUGUUCUUACAAUCCUUCUAGGACUUUUACUGAUUUUAUUUAUUUUCCGAGGGUAUUUUCCAUCAGUUCCACAGGUGGAGGUGGAUUCAGGGGAGGAGUCUGUCCUGCUGCCAUGUAAAACUAUAGCUCACCUGACAAAGAACUUCAGACAUAUCAGCGUGAAGUGGAGGAACUUAAAGAACGAUAAGGUCGUUGUGCGUAAGUACGGCUCUGGCCAACCUGAUGAACAGGACCCAACUUACACAAACAGAACAGAGAUGAAGAAACACUGGCUGAGAACUGGAGACUUCAGUUUAACCCUGAAACACCCAAGGGCCGCGGACGCCACCGAUUACUUAUGCACCGUCUACAACAAAAACAAGGUCCUGAAGGAGAAACGAGUGAUGCUGAAGGUCAAAGUCCAACAGGUGGAGGUGGAUUCAGGGGAGGAGUCUGUCCUGCUGCCCUGGAAAACCACAUUUCAUAUAGAGGACGUCAGUCAGGUCACAGUGGAGUGGACAGACUAUUAUGACAGGAAGGUCCAUGUGUAUGAGGACGGCUCUGACAGAACUAAUGAACAGGACGAUGAAUACAGAAACAGAACAGAGAUGAAUGAAGACCCACUGAGAACUGGAGACCUCAGUCUGACCCUGAAACACCCCACAGACUGGGACAUCCACACCCACACCUGCACCGUCUACAACAGAGACAAGCAGAUCCUGAGGAGGAAACAAGUGGAUCUGAAGGUCAAAGUCCAACAGGUGGAGGUGGAUUCAGGGGAGGAGUCUGUCCUGCUGCCCUGGAAAACCACAUUUCAUAUAGAGGACGUCAGUCAGGUCACAGUGAAGUGGACGGACUUUUGGGACUUUUGGGACAGGACAGUCCAUGUGUAUGAGGACGGCUCUGACAGAACUAAUGAACAGGACGAUUUUUACAGAAACAGAACAGAGAUGAAAGAAGACCCACUGAGAACUGGAGACCUCAGUCUGACCCUGAAACACCCCAUGUACGAGGACACCCGCAUCUACACCUGCACCGUCUACAACAGAGACAAGCAGAUCCUGAGGAGGAAACAAGUGGAUCUGAAGGUCAUAGUCCAACAGGUGGAGGUGGAUUCAGGGGAGGAGUCUGUCCUGCUGCCCUGGAAAACCACAUUUCAUAUAGAGGACGUCAGUCAGCUCACAGUGGAGUGGACGAACUAUUGUCACAGGAAGGUCCACGUGUAUGAGGACGGCUCUGACAGAACUAAUGAACAGGACGAUUUUUACAGAAACAGAACAGAGAUGAAAGAAGACCCACUGAGAACUGGAGACCUCAGUCUGACCCUGAAACACCCCACAGACUGGGGCACUGACGUUUACACAUGCACCGUCUACAACAGAGACAAGGAGAUCCUGAAGAGGAAACGACUGGACGUGAAGGUCAAAGAUCAAGAGGUGGAGCAGGAGGAGAGGAGAAUGUGGGGCCUGCCGCACCAUCUGCACGACCCCUGACCUGCCGCAGGACGCCACAGUAGAGUGGGAACUGUUGCAUCAGCCAUUUGGUUCUGAAAAUAACCAGUGUGUGUUUAGUAAUGAUACUGAGACUUCUGAUCAUUUAUCUUUUUGCUGUAAAUUUUCUGAAACUGUGGUUUGAUCUACAUGGCUGGCUUCGUACAGAAAUUCACCUGGAACCCUUCUCUUGUGAAAACCUCAUAUUCGGACCGAUCCUGGACAAUUAGGAGAAGAACAUUCUGAUGAACAACAUUCUCAUUCUUGCUCAGUUCCAUGUACACAAAUGUAGGUAUUUAAAAACAAAACCCAGAUUUUCAUAUUGAGUUUCUUUAUUUCUUAAAAUCCCUGAAUCUCCUAAAAAAAGAAAAAUGGCUGCAACCUUUUUAACAUUAUUGAAAAAUAUGACUUAACAAAGACUUACCCUUUGUUUAACUUUAUUUCAGUUAUAUAAAGACAUUAAAUUUGGAAUUAUAAUGGAAAACCAAAAAGGAGAAAUUAUGUACAACACUUGAAUUAUUUUUGCUAAACAAUUUAUCCAUAGAUGUAGAUUUAUGAAGAGCCACCCACUGUCCUCAAGUUAUAUAAAUGAAAUAACAAACUUCAAAAAAACAA